AUGAAGUUGUUGAACGAGGGUAUUCCUGUUGUUGAUGAUUUUAGCAUACGCUUGGUUGAUAGUGAAGGAACCUUUGUUCACAACUUUAGAAUACCCCACCAUGUAGCGGCAAAACUCACACUAGAGGAGAACAGAUGGGUCUUAGAGCUUUGCAAUCAGAAAGCUCAUCAGUAUUGUGUUGUAGCGCGAUUUAAUGUGUAUCUUAUGUAUGGCAUAUUUACAGGCAUUUCAUUUAAGACACAAGAGCUCUAUGCUCUUGUCUUUGCCACACGAUAUCUGGAUAUUUUUAUUGAUUUUAUCUCACUUUAUAAUACUGUCAUGAAGUUGAUCUUCUUUGGGAGCUCAUUCUCAAUAGUCUGGUACAUCAUAAGACACAAGAUCGUCCGCAGAUCAUAUGAUAAGGAUCAGGACACCUUCCGCCAUCACUUCCUCAUAUUACCUUGCCUGUUCUUGGCCCUAUGUAUACAUGAGAGAUUUACUUUCAAGGAGGUUAUGUGGACAUUCUCCUUAUAUUUGGAGGUUGUUGCGAUACUUCCACAGCUGAUCUUGUUACAGAGGACCAAGAAUAUUGAUAACUUGACCGAGCAAUAUGUUUUUCUCCUGGGUUGGUGGCAACAUUCAGCUACCCUUGCUAGUUAUGAGCAGCAAGAUGCCCAUGAGUUCUUCAUCUCAAUGCUUGACAGGAUUCAUGAGAAAGAGCAACCUAACCAUUCAAAUAAAGGUAUCGACUCUCUUUGCUAUCAUUAA